AUGGGUCUCCGCGAGUCUAAACUACAUUACGUCCUCUUCGCUUUUCUCUCUGUCCUCGCAGUCCGCAGCGCAAGCUCAUCGUCCUCGGCCGCACAACCCACAAUCUCUCCAGAUGCUGCCGCGAUAGUCUGCCAGACACACGACCAGCCAAACCCCAUCGCCACGACCUACCCCAACAAUGCCACAGGCACCCUGAACGGCACAAUAGCAGUGGUGCCCAUCACGUUAACACUCGCACGCCAACUUAUCCCCGCUCAAUACCGGAUCCUCGAGAAAGCGUAUCGCGCUCUUCUUCCCUCGUUCCCCGCAGACAUGUACCCGGCGAUUGUUCAAUCGAUGCAUGACCACGAUGUGCAAGCUUCGGGCUUCAGUAUUCCUGAUUUUUCUCGCGCGGGCAUCGAAUUCCCCUUUCUCGACCUCCUAGGCGACAACAGCUCAUCCUUCAAAUGGUCGCCCUCUCUGCUUAUGACAGCCACCAACCUCCUCGCGAUAGGCGGCGCAGUAGCAUACGGGACAAACACCUUCCCCGCCACCUUCGACCCAUCCUGCGACGCCUACCGCGCGGUGCCUAACGCAGCGGCGGGCACCACAUCGUUCAGCGCCAAAAGCGUGAUCUCCGGCCAGGCAUCAGCCAGUUCGGUAUUUUCGCCGACGACACUGGAAAUGUAUCCGUUGGCGUUUUACAAGAACGUGACGAAUCAGCCCAUGUUCGCGGACGGCAAGACGUGCGAUAACAUGGUUCGGCUGUUCAACACGAGCGUGACCACGGCGCCGAAUAAGAUUGAGAAUGUCAAGGGGACGGUCAAGGUCAAACUCCCUCCGUUGACGAGCGAGCGCGAGUGGACUAAUGUGUAUGGUAUUCGGUUGGAUACGGCCUUUAUUGAGAACAACUACCUGCCGUGUGAGAACUUCCGCGGGUACAGCGGCGUUUGA